ACCAGAAGAGGAAAUGAGAGAAAGAGGGAAAGAGAGAGAGAGAGAGAGAGAGAGAGAGAGAGAGAGAGAGAGAGAGAGAGAGAGAGAGAGAGAGAGAGAGAGAGAGAGAGAGAGAGAGAGAGAGAGAGAGAGAGAGAGAGAGAGAGAGAGAGAGAGAGAGAGAGAGAGAGAGCAAGCGUCUGCUCUCAGUGCACACGUGGGUCUGCUGCUAGUUUGUUUCCCCUCCUCUGCUCAGUACAGCGUCAGCAGCGGUGUCGACGCCUCCCGCUUUCCGCUCCCCGUCCAUGAAUGUACAUCCCCUCCCCGCGUGCCGCUCUCCUCUCUCGUCCAGUGAGGGAAUACUGUGCUUCUAUUGUGCUAUCGUGCGGCAGGAUAUCGCUCCGCGGCCUCCCGUAGCAGUGCUGAACGUAUUAUGAACACCCUCAGUUGCUCCUGCCUCCAGCGUAGGGUCUUGCAAGCGUGACCCUCCUGGUUCAUCGUCUCCUAGUAGCUAAGUAGCCAUCAUGUACGUGGUCACACCCUGCAUUAGUGGUCACAUUCUACUCCUCCUGCUGGUCUUAGUGGCCGGAAUGAUGACCAAGGAAGCCGCUGGCUAUCAUUCUGGUCACAUGAGAGGUCACCACUCGGGUCAUCACGAGCAACGGGCAGCUCGCAACAGGAGGGAACAAGGCGAACCCACACCUGUUGUAGCUUCCGGUGACGGGCUGCCAGGGUCGGAGACGCAGGAGGGGUUUGUGGUCCCAUGUACCAAGGCCGGCACGGACGAGUGCUCAUCACUGAUCAACAGCGAAUGCAAUGUGGAACAGCAGCUGUGUGUGUGCCCCGUUCCGUUUCCCAUACUGGACGUCGACCAUUCAUACUGCGUCAAGGAAGCCAAGCUAAACACAACAUGCCAGUUCACAAGUCAGUGUGAGGAAGCGGAUGAGUACAGCCUAUGUAGCCCGACCUUCAUCUGUGUGUGUCAAGAUGGCUACCGUAUGGAAGAAUAUCCUAACAUCGGCUUCAACUGUGUCUCCAAGACAGGGACUCAGGCUACCAAGAUAGAUCCGGCGAUGAUCGGUGUGCUAGCAGGUCUGGCCCUAAUGUUUAUCAUCAUUUGCGUCGUCCUACGCCUCUUCUCCAAGGCCCGCUUCCGCGAGACCCGAUCCAUCUUCAACACCCCCAACCCCCGCCUGAUGAACGCCUCGUUGUUCAAAGACAGUAAGUUGCUGAGUCCUGCCCGGGGAGACCGUCGGGGGUCAAGGGCCAGCGUGCGUGUCCCGUCAAGGGCCCCCUCCGUCACCUCCGUCAACGCUGCUUCCCGGUCUCCCAAUGGCUCUCUGGCCAAAGUCGAUGUUACAGGAGGAAGACGUGGCAGUGCGAUGUCUGCUGUGAGUGGAACCGGUUCUGCAGCAGCCGUGCCAGGAGCCCAGACCGCUCCCAAGACCCCAAGCCCCAUCAAGGACCCAAAGACCAAGACAGAGACCACUGUGGCUAUCGAGACCGUCGACUAGAUGGCAUUAGUAGGUGUCUAGCCUGGGAGACGCUCCGAGACAGCUUCAAACAUCAACCGCACGGCCAUCUUCCUGGGCGGUAUCGUCUUUUGAAGAGUCUAUCAAAGGCUCACUCCAGGCCCUCGUCUCCUAGGGCUUGACCUGCAACAGCACUAAAGGGAUACAACGAUGGUGUCAUCAUCGAGGGAGGUGCGAUCAGGGACCUUCCCUCCUCUUACAUUCCCUGUCAAACUUAGAUUUAAUUAUUUCCAUAAAAAAUUGGAUUAAGCUCAAAUGUAUUAUCUCGUGUGUGAGGGACCACAAAAUUAUCUGUAUUCUUCUGUCUUUUUCGUUAUUCCCUUAUAAUUAACUGCCACCAAUAGAUUCUCUAGAUAUUCAUUGCAGAUAAAAAUGUUCAUAUACUA